AUGGAAGAGGUCGAGACAAUGGUCAAAUUUCAUUGCUCGAUUGUUCAACCCUUGAUGCGAUGCUUUAUCGAAGAGACUCCGAGUACAACAGAAGAGACAAAACUGAUGCGCGGGUUUUACCGAUUCCAACUCUGUUGCAACAUCUAUGGCCUCGAAUCGGCGGAAUCUAUCCCCUAUGUUAGCUGGAUUUCUAUCUCCCAGCGCAUUCUGGGAGACUUCUUGUGCAUCUUUGACCCUUGGGAGGCAGAAGAGAUAUCUUGCGUCAGUUAUUUCUGCGAAGAAAAGUGCGAGCAGAUCUUCGAUCAGACCAAACAGGGCCUGGAUGAAGAGAACUCCGGAAUCGAUCAACCUGACAUAUCCGAUAUUGCUAGCCCAUCCAAGUUGACCAGGAAUCGUGGCCUCGAGCUGCUGCACUUGGUAUACCCCAUCAAAGACCAGGACCACUUGGUAGUUACGAGGCAGUUGCCCCCACCCAUGCGCCCGAGCGGCGUUCUCAGUGAUCUCCACAGCGUCUUCGAACAACACUUACAAUGGCAUCGACACUGCGUUCACCCUGGGGAACGCGACCAUCGACAGGAGCGCCGUGAGCCGCUCAUUUUCCAAUGUGACAGGAAACCCGAUGGAAGUUGCGCGCUCCCACCGCUGGCCUGGACGAUAAUAUGGGGUGGAAGUUACAGUAAUCUCUUUGGGGAGUACAUCCCCGACGCUUCAUGUGAAUGGGCAUGGGUUAUGUGGGACGCAGAUCGACUUAAGCGAAUGAGUGCUUUGGGGGUGAUUAUACAGGAAUGGGAGAAGGAGCAUCAUGAUGACCCUAGGAAGGAUUACUUGUGA